AUGAAAUGUGGUCAAGCAGAAUUAAUUAUUGUGGACAGACAAACUGGUACUAUUUCUGAUGCUCCACAAGAGGUUGCCGCUCCUAAUAUGGUGGCAUGUCAUAUGAUGCCUUGUGCUUACAUCGUUUUCUACUGUCAUCACACAGUUGGUGAUAAAAGAAAGGUUUUCAAGGUUUCAUUAAGGAAUGAAGCAAAUGGUGAUAGAGUGGAAUCAAUUUCUGUAUGUCACUUGGAUACCUCUGAUUGGAAUCCAUAUCAUGUAUCUUUUCAAGUGCUUGGUGUAUUACCGGGAAAAUCACCUGUCUGCCACUUCAUCCCAUCAAGUAAUGAUCUAGCGUGGGUUGCAAAAACAAUUGAAACUGGAAAUGCAGCGAUUUGA